CGGGCCUCCCCUUGCUCCACGGCGUGUGGAUCGGGCUGCGGUUGCGUUGCUGUGCUCCGUUUCUGGGGUGCCUCUUGACUUUCCAUGGUGCCUCACCUCAGAAACAGCUCCUCGGAAAUUGCUAUCUGUUGUGAGAUGGAAGAACCAGUGCUUGAUAAACUGCCAUCUUUGUGCCAUACUCCAGAGGAUUCUAGGACAGCAGCUCCACAGGCGACUAGUUCAGGGAAACAGCCAAUGAGUGCAGCUCUGAGGGAGCGAUUGAGGAAAACAAGACGUUCAUUUAAUGCUAAUAUUGCAGUGGCAAAGCGGCUGAAAAUAAACACUGAAGAAAAAGACUGUCCUGAUGCUGACAAAGGGUGUCUGCCAAAGACGAGUACGGAUUGUUCCACGUUACAAGAUGGUUCAGAAAACCUGGAAGGAAAUGGCACUGGACAUGUAUGUGUCAAAAGUCCCUUACAGGAGCGUGGUCUCUGUGGAUCUGCAGAGAAUUCUUGUGUGCUACAGACUGAUCUUAGUCAGCAGCAGUCCCUGGAAGAAAAAGUAAGGCUGCUGAAACAAGUGCAAGAGAAAGAAGAACUACUUCGGAGGCUCAAACUGGUUAAGAUGUAUCGAUCUAAGAACAACCUGUCUGAACUGCAGGCUCUGAUAGUGAAAUGGAGAAGUAGUACCCAGCUGAUGCUGUAUGAACUCCAGUCCGCCUUUUCUGCAGAUGGCAAGAAAGUGAGUCUCACUCAACUGAUAGAUACUUUUGGAUUAGAAGACCAGUUACUGCACUACAGCAGGACAGAAGAAGAUUUUGUAGAUUCAUAAUCUACAGGUGUAAAAAGUUUUGAAUUAUACACAUGGAAAAGCAGAAAAGACUGAGUGAAUUCUGAUCACAUAAGUGUUGAUCCAACAGUGGACUUUAUGCUUUGAGGUUAUGAGGGUUUCUUGGGAGAUACUUAUAAAGCUGUGUACUUAAAUACAGUAGGCACUGUAAAAGGCAUUACCUAAGAGAAAACACUGAACUCGUGCUGUUC